AUGACUGAGGGGCAGAAACUCCUCAUUGAGGCGUGCGAAGCUGAAGGGGUGGAAAGGUAUGUCGCGGGGGAUUGGACGCUGGAUUAUGAUAAACUUCAGUAUGGGGAGCACCCUCAGAAGGAUUGCCAGAAGAGAGUGAAGGAGUUUCUCCAGGAGGACGGGAGGAAGGUCAAGGGGGUGCAUAUGUUGAUUGGAAUUUUUUACGAGACGCUUUGGAGUGAUUAUUUUGGGGUUUUUAGGCCGGGGGAGGGGGAGGGGGUGGUGAUGAGGUAUUGGGGGACUGGGGAGGAGGUUUGGGAGGGGUUGAGUUAUGAUGAUGCUGCUAGGUAUUCUGCCAACGUGGCGCUGGAUGAGGAGGCGGUUGGGGUUGUGACUUGUGAGUGA